UGGAUUGGGGGCCGUGUUGCCCGUGUUGCCAAUGCUAAAUUUAAAAAUGGUGUAUUACUUUGUAUGGAUUUUUAUUCUCAGUAAUGACUUGGUAAUGACCAGCGUAAUGACAGUUAUUCAUGAUUUAUAAUUUUUUGAUAAAAAAUAACCGAUAAAUGUCGAAGAUUUUCAUAUUAUUAUGACUUUAUCCAUAUCUCUGUCUGUCUGUCUUUUUUAAACUUUUGUGCGUUCCAAUAUUAUUUUUUAACUUACUUUGAGCUUGUUUUUAACUUUCUUCAAGUGGGUUUUUAUAAUUUAAAAGAAAACAAAAAACCACCAAUGAACACUAAUCAUAUAAAAAAGCUUUCAUCUAAUUGGUGGAACGAACUAAUUCACAUCUCCAUGAUUCACAGUUAGCUUAGGAAUGAACAGAGAAAACAAAAACAGUUUUGUUUAUUGAAAAAAAGUAAAGUUUUUGAUAACUUCCUUUCGUUGUAAGCAAUUAUUUUAAUAUAAAAGAAUUGUUAUUUUUAUACUCAGAUAUUGUGCUUUAAACAUUGAUCAAGUUCGUUUUAAUAACUUUUAAAUAGUGAUGUCGGUGUUUGGUGUCAUAAAAGACGCUGUCGAUCUGUGUUGUUUACAAUGCAUACGCUGGUUGUAACCAGUAGCGUGUACUAUUUUAGUUGAAUUUGUUAUAAAAAAUGUGAUACAUUAAUAAUCGAGUCCACCAGAGCCAGUGUUUCACCAAAGAAUCGAGUAUUUACACAAGACUAAAAAUGCCAAGUUAACAAUGUCUUCUGUGCACUGUGUGGUGGUGUGGGAGUGGCAGUGUGAGGACCAGUGGAUCCCACAUACACCGAGUGUGGCACGGACAUUAGAGCGGGCACAUGCCAAGAAGUUGACCCGAGUGGUGCUGGCUGAUGCGGACCCGGAGCUCAAGGGGCAUUAUGUCAAUUUGAGGACACUUACACAGAGCUCUGAUGCUAGUGAAGGCGAAGGCGGCACGGAGGCGACAUGCCGCGUUCGGCGCGCCUGCUACAGCGUCACGUCCGUGGGCGGGCGCGGCGUGCGCUGGGAGUGGGCCGCUCAUGAGGGCUACUACACCGCACUGCCUAUGGAGUUCCAAUGCCAACUGGAAGAAGCCUGGGGCUCGGGCGCGGAGGUAGUGUGGUGGCGCGGCUGGGCGGCGCGGCCGCGCCAGCUGGCGGCGCGCGGGCCGGGCGGCGCGCUGCGCGUGCUGCGCCGCGCGCCUCAACCCCCCUACCCUCUGGCGCGCUCGCAGCCCGCGCCUCCGCCCAGACCAGUUCCAUCCCCUCACACACACAUCCCGCAACAACACACCGGGUCCAGCGUGCACUCCGCAGCCUCCCUGGCAACUCUGGCUUCCACCCUGUCAGUCCGCUCCGCCCCGCCGCAGCCCGCACGCAGCGCCUCGCCGGGCAAGGAGCGCAAGCCUGGCCUGGCUAGACAGAUACUGCACAAUUUGAAUAUAUUCAGUAACAACAGUAGUAAACCCGGCUUAGAAAGCCAACACAGUACAGACUCGGAAGAACCUCGUGCGUCGCUUUCUCACGGCGGCCGGCGGCACAGUGUCGACACCGUGUCCACAUAUCUCAGCCACGAGAGCAAGGACAGUUUACAGCAAGCGUCAACGGGCUCCCUCCUGAACUGCAGCGCGGGCAGCGACGACGUGUUCGACGCGCCCCCGCCGCCGCCGCCCGCCCAAGGUGAGUGCCGCACACUGCAGGCGACGGGCUGCCUCCUGAACUGCAGCGCGGGCAGCGACGACGUGUUCGACGCGCCCCCGCCGCCGCCGCCCGCCCAAGGUGAGUGCCGCACACUGCAGGCGACGGGCUGCCUCCUGAACUGCAGCGCGGGCAGCGACGACGUGUUCGACGCGCCCCCGCCGCCGCCGCCCGCCCAAGGUGAGUGCCGCACCCUGCAGGCGACGGGCUGCCUCCUGAACUGCAGCGCGGGCAGCGACGACGUGUUCGACGCGCCCCCGCCGCCGCCGCCCGCCCAAGGUGAGUGCCGCACACUGCAGGCGACGGGCUGCCUCCUGAACUGCAGCGCGGGCAGCGACGACGUGUUCGACGCGCCCCCGCCGCCGCCGCCCGCCCAAGGUGAGUGCCGCACCCUGCAGGCGACGGGCUGCCUCCUGAACUGCAGCGCGGGCAGCGACGACGUGUUCGACGCGCCCCCGCCGCCGCCGCCCGCCCAAGGUGAGUGCCGCACACUGCAGGCGACGGGCUGCCUCCUGAACUCCAAACGUCACUUUAUUCGCGGCGCCGGCGCCGCCGCGCUGCCCUGCCGCCACAUGCUGCACCUGCACUGCCUCGACUCGCAGCUCACGCAGCGCCCGCAGGUAUGUCCCCAGGCAUGGAAGGGGCGGGCGGGCUGUGCGUGUGGGUGGGCGCGCCGGCGCCGCGCGGGCGCUGCGCGCGCUGCCGCCGCCCGCUCGGCGCCGGCGCCGCCGCGCUGCCCUGCCGCCACAUGCUGCACCUGCACUGCCUCGACUCGCAGCUCACGCAGCGCCCGCAGGUAUGUCCCCAGGCAUGGAAGGGGCGGGCGGGCUGUGCGUGUGGGUGGGCGCGCCGGCGCCGCGCGGGCGCUGCGCGCGCUGCCGCCGCCCGCUCGGCGCCGGCGCCGCCGCGCUGCCCUGCCGCCACAUGCUGCACCUGCACUGCCUCGACUCGCAGCUCACGCAGCGCCCGCAGGUAUGUCCCCAGGCAUGGAAGGGGCGGGCGGGCUGUGCGUGUGGGUGGGCGCGCCGGCGCCGCGCGGGCGCUGCGCGCGCUGCCGCCGCCCGCUCGGCGCCGGCGCCGCCGCGCUGCCCUGCCGCCACAUGCUGCACCUGCACUGCCUCGACUCGCAGCUCACGCAGCGCCCGCAGGAACCCCUGUACAUCGAGUGCCUCGUAUGCGGCCGCGUAUACGGACAGGAGACUCGCGCUGCGCCGCAAGGCGAGCAGCCGCCCGGCAGCAUGGCGUGGCGGCUCGAGCCCACGGCCCUACCCGGACACGACUGCGGCUCCAUCCUGGUCACCUACAAACAGACAGACGGCCGCCCGGCAGCAUGGCGUGGCGGCUCGAGCCCACGGCCCUACCCGGACACGACUGCGGCUCCAUUCUGGUCACCUACAAUCACGGACCCCACAGACAGACAGACGGCCGCCCGGCAGCAUGGCGUGGCGGCUCGAGCCCACGGCCCUACCCGGACACGACUGCGGCUCCAUCCUGGUCACCUACAAGUGAGUCACGGACCCCACAGACAGACAGACGGCCGCCCGGCAGCAUGGCGUGGCGGCUCGAGCCCACGGCCCUACCCGGACACGACUGCGGCUCCAUCCUGGUCACCUACAAGUGAGUCACGGACCCCACAGACAGACAGACGGCCGCCCGGCAGCAUGGCGUGGCGGCUCGAGCCCACGGCCCUACCCGGACACGACUGCGGCUCCAUCCUGGUCACCUACAAUUUCCAGUCGGGGCGGCAGGGCCCGCGGCAGCCGGCGCCGGGCGCGCCGUACUACGCGGUGGGCUUCCCGCGGCACUCCUUGCUGCCGGACUCGCCGCUCGGGAGACAGGUGUUAGCUGCACUCCGCACCGCAUGGGAGCGGCGCGUGCUGUUCACGGUGGCCAGCAGCCAGACCACGGGCCGCGAGCACGUGGUGGCGUGGCGCGCCGCGCCGCCGCCCGCCGCCGCCGCGCACUACCGCGCCGACGCGCAGCGGCUGCUCACGCAGGCGCUGGACAGGCUGCACGCUCUCAUCAACGACCACUGAUCCCCAGCCUUACGACAGGCGCUGACCAGGCUAUACACGUCGAAUACAGAAUACAGAAUACAGACUUUAUUGGUAAAUAUAAACAUAGUACAUUUUACACGUCAUAAAUCUAAAAACUAUUGUAUUGAGUACUCAUCUAUGUCCUUAUCAUUAUAUAUAAGUAACAAAACAAGGAAACAGUAACAUUUGUAGGUAGGUUAGGUACUAAAAACCUGUUUUCCAAACGCUGCUGGGUCAAUUUCGCACCGGCGCACUCAUAAAGUCGGCAAUACGAUAGUAUGCCUGAUCUAUUAGAAGGGAUUUAAGCUUCUUUUUGAAUAUCGCAUCGCUGGCAGAGUCUUUGAUGACAUUAGGUACCAUAUCGACAACCAUAUUGACAGUCCUCGACUAAGUUCUUCCAUAAACUUCCUGUCUCGCACAGCUGUACUGUGGAACGAACUGCCCGCGUUUCCAGACCGAUAUGAUCUUCAAGGAAAGAGCGUACCCCCUAAAGGCCGGCAACGCGCUUCCAACCCCUCUGGUACUGCGGAUAGUUAAAAUAAAUAAAAAAAUCUUUAUUGUCACACAACUAAAUUUACAAUUUCUGUGAAAAUAGCUAAAAAAUACAAAAUAAGUUAAACUAAUUAACUUAAAUUAACACAAUAAUUACAACUUAAAUCUAUAAUGUGGCAAAGGGUGCCAAUCUCAGCAUGUGCAGUGCCAGAGGGCUGAUGUUCCUUACCCUCCGUACUUUGGGUACUUUUUUGCCUGCUCGUUUGCCUCUAUAUCAUAAAAAAGCCUCGGAACAGGCUAAGCUCCACGCGAUGAUCAGCGACCACACCACAUCGUUUUUAGAAAUCCAUAAUCCAGGGGAUCAAGAAAAUGUGACAUGUUAUGACAAGGGGGAGGGGGGAGUCACAAACUUUGUGACGUCACUUUAACUUCACCAGUAUUUAUUAAAAAAAAAAUUCGCUAUACAGUUAAGGCGCUCUUAUAGACAGAUUUUAGGUUUUUGAGGGGGUGAAGCAGACGAAGUGGUAAAGCAGGCCGGCGGGCGCCCCGCGCGCCGCGCUCGCAGCAAGCCUACGUCCUUAUUCUGACGCCAUCCGUAUUCUGGUUUGUUAGUUCUGGGAUCUUUUCCGUAAAUUUAUAUUGAUUAUGAUUUAAACUUAAUGAAAUUAAAAAUUUGAUAAUUAUAUAUAAUACUAGAGUAUACCGCGGCAAAUUGAGAACCUAGUAAAAUGAUACCAAAUCGUUUUGUGUUCAAAUAAUAUUACUUACUAAUUCAGACAAAAGUUACAACUGUCUGCUUUAAAUCAUAUAUAGAUACCUAUUCAAAACUUAGUUGACCUUAAAAAUGCAAUAGAAGUCAAUUUCGGGCAAGUAGUGAAAAAAGGAAGAAUACUAGCAAAGCUAAGUAAUUUGUGGAAGUGAACGUAAAAAGAUAGCAUGUUUUUGCUGGUAUUGAGAUAACUGAAAACACAAGCAUAAUAAUAAAAAGUGUGUUUUAGUGAAUAACGCCUUUUUGCUGGCUAUGUCGCCAGUCGCCACUUUGGGACCUAGUCUAGACUACCUUCUUGACAGAUAUCAAAGUCACAAGGUACCAUUUGAAUAGACUAAUUUUUACGAAAAAAAAAUGUACCAAUUUAUAUUAAUCCAUAAAUUUUCCAAGAACAUGAACUUAAUAUGUUUAAAAACAUAUAAAAAGUAAAAAAAUAAACAAUUUUUUUUUUGCGGAAUUGACUUAAACUUGUACAUGAAAUUCUUCUUAUGACCUCAGGAAUACGUGGUUAAAAAAAUUCCGUUUCUUCACGGGCACUUUUUAUGACUUAACCUUUGAAUUUUAAGCCCUACGUAGAAAAUUAAUUAACAAUUACCUCCAAUCAUAACUUUGUUUUGUGGUGGUAGUCAUUUUUAAUAAGGAAACUGGAAAACUGUCACUGUUGCUAGGUUUGAUUAGUUAGGUGCAUGUGGCGAAAUGCAUAAACAUUACAAUAAUUUAACAACAACAAGGACAACUUCAACAGAAGGACAUGAUGUCACGAUCCUCAGCAUUGAGGGACCAAGAAGAAGAAGAAGACAAUAAUUUAAUUGUUCUAUUCGAAUAGCGUAUUUAGUGCUUAUUCUAACGAUAUAUGCUUCAAUAUAUACUUUUAUACAUAGAUAAGCUUAAAUAGUUGAAUUUGUAAUAUUCUCUAAAUCCGCGCUGAACACCCGACGGGGCCCGCCACGUGACUACUUUUUACGUUUUGGCUUCUGCCACUUGAAGGGAUAUACUAUAGGCCUUGACUAGUGAUUCAUUUCAAAAUAAACUAUUUUAAUAUAUACAUAUUACACAUAAGCACCCUAAUGCAAAAAUGAAGAAAAUAUAUUUUUCGAAACUUUCGAUUGAUUUUUCCACUUAUAUUUUGUAUUGGCAGGAAAAAUAGUAAAAGCAUAUCACAAAGACAUAACAAGGUCCAAGGUUUUAAAGAAGAAGGUAAAAUUGGCUGAGACCUGAAAUUGACGGCAGAGUGUCAUCGAAAUUUAUACUUGAAAAAAGAAAUAAAAUGUCACCAGUUUUCAUUUCAUACAAAACAGAAAUAGCAUGGUAUAAAAGUAUUAUACCAAACUCUUACAAAGGACUUUAUGUUUAACAUUAUCAAAAAUGGAAUUUAGUGACAUUCUUGAAUUUACAGAAUAAUUAACCAGUGAAAUAAAAAUAUUGGCGAGAGGUAUAAAUAUAUACGAACUUCCGAACCGAGUACUUGCAAAAUUUUGAAUGGAAUUUGAAGGGUAAAUAUCACUCCUGCUCACCUUACAAAAUAAAAUAGUUGAUAAAUGUUGUAAAUAAAGUCUUAAGUGUAUACCAUAUGAAAAUUAAUAAACCAGAAAUACCAAACAAAUUCAACACUUAUAACAUAAACUAUUACAGCCAUUAGAGCACUUCCACAAAAACGUGAAAUAGUACCUUUCACUAAGCACUAUUUAAAUCCCUCAUAUUUAAAUCCAGUAUAUCUCCUGCAUCCUGUAUGUGUUAAAAAUGAAGCUGUUCCAAUAUAAUGACUUAUAUAAAUGAAACAAGCGGAUUAAUUUUAUUUGUUUACGUUUAAAAAUAGGUAUUCAAUUUGAUUAUUACUGUAAUAGCCAUUUAAAAUAUUAUUUUACCUAAAUUGAUAAUUAAAAGUAGGUACCCCUCACGAAAUAAGUACUACUGAAUUUUAUACUUAGCAGUGUUUUUUAAAAUGUACAUGUAUUUUACCUUCCUCGUAUUAAAAAUGAAAAGUAGAGUGUUUAACUCGGGUGCAAGGCACCAUUUCAUCAUUUGGUUAAUCGUGGCUGUAUGCCGGACAGAUGCGUGUGUAAAACUUGUCAAAAAAGAUAAUAUGACGGAUGGAUGUCUGAAAUGUCACCGUAUUUAAGAAUCAAUUAGCUUAAAAAUUAGUUUUUUCUUCGUAAGAGUGAUGAAAACAUUGUGUGUAUAACAUAUUUGUGUAUUUAUAGUGUGAUUAUCCAUUUUAUGUAACGUCCGCUAAACUAGCACAGGUCCGACGCUGACAGUGGUCACGGGCGUACUGGCGUACUGACGGUAUUGCCGCGCAGGGUAACGUUUAGUAGACAAAAUGUUGAAUUCAUAAUUAUGAAUGAAAAAUUUAACGCAUCGAUAAACUGACAAGCAAAAUGUUAAAGUUACUUAAAAGCUAUUGAAUGAAGUAAAUUUCAUAUUGAUAUUCAUCAUAGUACUUCUAAAAUAUCGAAAUAAAUACAGUUUUAAGCAUAUUUUCAAAGCGAAAAUCUAUCGAGAAAAAGAUGAGCCAUCGUGUUUCUGACAAGCAUACGGCUAGUUCAAAGACUGAAGUUAUACAUACUAGAAAAUAAUCGAUGAAAUCCUUGUACAAGCCUGUAAAUAUCGAUUUAAACAUAGCGCAUUUUACUAUACACCGCGCCUUAAAUGACGAGUUUUUAGAACGAUAAUCGUACGAUUAAUUUUCUUUCCUAGUCGGUUUUGUGUUAUAAUUACUAAUAUUUCUUUUGUCCAAAAUAAUUUGAUAAAAUAUUAAUAGUAACAAAUUCGAUUCGCCGAUUUUGUUGAAAAAAAAAAAUGCGAAGAAUGUGACGUCACACGAGGGGGAAGGGGUUUGCCAAAUGUGACCAAGUGUGACAAGGAGGGAGGGAGGGGUCAAAAAACCUAGAAAUUCGUGUGAUGUAAUUAAUGGAUGACCCCUAACGUAAAAAUAUAGGGAGCGUACAUGAAAGGCAGCACAGGAGCCGUCAGAUUUUUGGCGCGAGGCGUAAAUGUGAUGUUUUUUGUUCCGAUGUAGCCCACAAGAUGGCAGAACCUACUAUGCACAAGAAAACACUUGACUUGUAAAUGUGCCUGUUUAUGGUUCCGAUUCAGACCACAAGAUGGCAGACCCUCCAACGCGCAGAGUCCCUAUAAUACUUCAAAACAUACAAAUUUCCAAAAGAAGACAAUACUAAUAAAUAUACGUGAUCGUCUUCCAAAUUAAAUAUAUUUACAGUAUUUUUAUAGUACAUAUGGUGCUAGUGCGGGAAUUGGCACUUUCCAUACCUAUGUCAAAAGUUAAAAGGGCUAUAUGUACUGUAAAACGUCCGAUACUCGUGCGAACAGGUAUUUCGCAACUCGUGUCGAUUUAAAACACUCCCUUCGGGCAGUAUUGAAUGUAUCAACAUUCCUUAUAUGAUUAAGACAAAGCUAGCGAGGGAGAUGCUGUUGCAUUUAAUAUUAUAUUUUGCUAUAAGUAAACAAAACGAACGCCAAGAACCGUUAAAGGCGUCGUAAGAAGUGCCCUGGCACCAAAAACGCUUAUAAGUGCUAUGGCGUGCGUGGACAAAGUAAACUUCAACGUUUCCACUACGAUUUAUAUUAUGGAGUAUGGAAUUAAAAGAAGUGAAAUCUCUUAUGGAAGAACUGUUGCAAAAGUGUCCAGCUGUACAUAAUGGUUCCAAAUCUGUCCAGAGUAGCGCUAGAGUAGCUAAGAACCUAGGCGUUAUUGACGGAGUGAAGUGCGCUGUCUAUGAUUUGAUUUUUUUUUUCAAGAAUUCUAGGUAUUGUAGCGCCACCUAUUUAAUGUUUUUUGAUGACACUUUUUGGUACAUGGAGAUCUUAUUCCUUACCUCCUCCUUCCAUAGUUUAAUAUGUAUGAUUACCUAACUGUCAAACAACCUACUAAAUGUUUGUACUAAUUUUUACCAAAAUCGCAAAUCGGACCGACAAAUUGAACCAACCCAACUGUCAUUGGGGAUUUAAAAAAAACAAAGAUUAUAGUCAAUGGUCCUCCCGACGUAGACUGGUGUUGCACCUAUCCCAACGAGGUAUAAGCAGCUGCCCAACCGGCGACGAUGAGCGAGAAUCGAGUACCUAACGAUGCAAGCGUUUUUUUUUUAUCAAAACAUUUUCGCCGAGGAAUAAACAGCAUUAACCCGAAAUCUAGAUCUUCAGCUACACGCUUUUGUGUACCUGAAAUUAGACGAUCACAAAUCGCUUUACCCCUGCCGGUCAGCCAGCUGCCUUAAAAAUAUUGUAAUAUACAUAUAUUUAAUGUUGUAUUAUAUAAUUAGUAUUGUAGUAAUUAUAUCGUCUUCCCAUUGUUAUCGAAUGUUAUUGUGAUAUUCGUCUUCCUCGUCUCUCGGACCAUAUUUUGGUAGCUAUGUAAAGAGACUGAUAGUAUAUAAUAUUAUGUAUUCGUAUAACGCAAGUCGAUAUAUUGCCUUAGUUUGUUUACAUAUUUAUGGACGACUUGCUUAUUUUUUAAGUUAUAUUUUUACUGAAUUUUAUAAUUUUAAGUAAGAUAUAGAUUUUAAUAGCGCGGAAUAUUGUUUUUUUAGUAUAAUUUGUAAAGGAUAUAUUUAUGAAAAGUUCCAUUAGGAAUCUUGCCAGUAAGUGCCUUUAUUUUAAUCUAAGUUAGAUCAAUGUAAAAAAAACACGCUUAAUUAUUAGGCCAAAACUAUCAACAAAACAAAUACAACAAAUUUUGGUUAAAGUCAUUUCCAGUGAACUAAAUCAGAGAGCAAUGAUACCCCAAUGCCGGCUCUAACACAUGGUUAGUGAAUACAUUAUAGAGAGUUUAUGUGUGUAGAUAAAAUAGUGUAUUUAACUGUACAUAAUUAGGCAUUAAAACAUUCGUGUAGUCCUUUUAAGAAACUCACUACGUUCGUUUCUUAAACUCACACUCGUACUUUAAUGCCUUUCAUUAUGUAGCAGUCACAUAAACUACUAUAACUAUGUAUUGUUAUAGAUUUGGUCAAAUAUAUUAGCGGUCUUUGUAGAUAUAGGUUAUGUCAUUCGAUAGAAAUGGCAAAAUGUCUUACACUAAUUACGGAGAAUUAUUUGUUUCCAUUUUACAUUUCUGUUGAAUCGAAAUAUAAGUUAGUGUAUGCCAUAGAAGUCUUCCAGAGGCAACGAAUCUUCCAAUAAGCUUUAUUAUGUAAUUAUUUACUAGGAUAUUAAUAAACACAUUUGUUAUCAUACAUUGUAUGAUUAUUUACUCUUUCUAAACAUUGUUCAAAGUAGAUUUCUUUGUUCAUUGACUUUCUAAAUUAUAUCCAUAAUCAAAUACACCCUCUACUUGCACAAUUGAUUGUCUAUGUAUUAUCGGGAAACAAAUAUUUUUAUAUGAUAAUUACCCAUACAGUCUUGACAUCGUACAGUCGACGUCAGAAAUAUGUUUACAUUUUCGUUGACGAAAUAUUAUUAGGACCGAUUGGUUGCAUGGUUGUCUCUUUACGAAUAUAAAAGGACAAAACAGCGGCAAAGCACGUCCCAUCCAUAUAGUGACAAUAACUAGUUAUGAUAUAUACUUUGUAUUUCUGGGAUUAUUAUUAUAUGUGAAUGAAACUUUUUGGACACAAAUUGUAUUUACUUUGAAAGUUACGUUUCUUUAGUUAAAUAAUUUAUCGACAAAAUAUGAAUUGAAAAGUUGGAAUACUUUAGAAAUUAAAAUGUAGGAAAGUAAUUGGGAUGAAGAUUGUUAAGCUCAAGUAUACUUUAAGCGAAACCGGGUGCUAUUAUUAUCCAGCAUUAGCAAUAAUAUUCAUUGGUGCAAAUAAUAUUUCUUCAACUGUAGAUUAGAUUAGAUGAUUUAUUUCAUGAAAGACGUCAAAAAUAUAAGAUUUUUUGUCAUGAUCGUCAAAAUAAAAUAAAAAUGAAAAUAAUAUUGUCAAUACAAUUAGAAUAAGAGUAAGUAAGUAAAUACUUACAAAAUCCAAAAUAUAAAUAAACAAUGUAAAAAUUUACGAAAACAGACAUACAAUGCAAUAGAGUAAACAUAUGUUUCACGACGACUGUAUAUCUUCUGUCUGACAUAAUAUUGUUCAAUGAAAACAAGAUAGGUUACUAUAGGAUAUCAUGUUCCUAUUAUCAUUGAUUUGGAUAAUUAAUUUUAGUUUUUAUCUAGAGUUUUUACACGUUUUAACUAAGAUAGUGCCAAUGAUUUAUAACUCAAGGUAACCGGCAAAUCUUCCGUCGCGCGGAACUUGCAGGAACAGAAGACUGUUCCUUUUUAAUUUCCUGGGUUUACGCUCUCUUAAGAAAUCGCAUAAAGACUAUGUAAAAAUGUUAAGAUGUAUAAUAUAAAUAAAUGUUUAUAAUAUUCUACAGUAAA